GGCCCCCGCCGCUUCACGGGGGUCUCAUUGCAGCAGCAGGAGGAAGGUUCCCUGAGGAAGAGCGCUUUCUGCAUCCACGUCACCACUUCCCAAGGGGUGGAGUGUGGCCAAGGAAGGCUGACGUCUGUCUUGUUGCUCGCAGGAGAGCAACAAGGGAAGAUGGACAAAGGGAAUAUGAAUGCAUGGGAUGGAGUGCUUGCUCACCUGGAAAUGCUGGAAGCGCGGGUUCAUGAGGCAGCCAUGAAGCAACAUGAAAAGGAGCUGCAAGAAGAGAAGCUCACCAGGCUGAAAGCAAGAGUGAAGGAGCUGAGACUCCAAAGGGAUGAGCUGCGGGCUAAAGUGGAUCUGCUGGAAAAGAAGCAACUUGACAAAGAAGGAGCCACAUCAGAUCCAGCACAGGCCAGUCCUAAGACUGUUUUACAGUGGAAGAUAAAAAGCCUUCAGGCAAUGCUGCAGGUCUUUUACCUCACAGGGAUCAGUGGGAAGCUGACCAGGCAGGGAGUGUGCUUCUGCAUCAGCACAGCUUACGAGGGCACCUACUUGGAUUCUUACUCCCUGGACCUGCUCACCAAGUCAGAAGUGCAGAUUUACCACCACUCUGUCCCCUCCUUCAUCCCCCUGGAGCAGAUCGCCAAGCAGUACUUGCAGACGGACAUCAGGCGCUUCUUAUCCGUCUUGUCCGACCACCUGAAUGCUUAUGUUGGGAGGAGGUACCAAGCAGACCAGUUACAGGAGCACUUUUCAGACCAGAUAAAAGGAACCUUGCGGAGAAACUCCUUGUGUAACUUGCUGGUCUUUAAUUACAACGUGUCAAGUAAAAGCAAGACAUUUCCAUUCAACGUGAGGCUGGUUUAUGGUGAUCUCUGUCGCAGCCUCCCCACUGAAGUCAUCGUUUCCUGCACACCGGAUGCUGCUCCAAUUCUAACAGAGGCUGCCACAGCUCACUCGGACCUGUUCCACCGCGUGCCCCUGCACAAAGCCUUCCGCUCCUUCAGCAGUGCAGGAGAAACCCUGGAUAGGACACCCUAAGCUGCCCUG